AUGCCGUCGGAAACGCAGGCUAUCGCAGACAUGUACGGCGAAUCGUCCAAUGCAAUUUCGCCACUGCUACAACGCAUCAGAAAUAUGUGGGAGUUUGCCAAUCUAUGUCAGUGGAUAUACAUCUUCGGCAAGGCUGCGAAAAUCGACGACACGCUGGAAAUCGAGGACAUCGAAACCGAAUGCCUCAAACCUUCUUCAACUGUUCUCUCUGAUAUCGCGUUAGCGCUUCUCAAACUUGUGUCUUCACAUCGUGGUCUUAAUCACGAAAUACUCGACGACCAGCUCCGCAAAGAAUACAUCUCCAAGUUGCCCAACGAAAAUCCUUUGGGCGAUGGUGCAACGGUCUCGCGCAGCUUCUGCGAUCUUGACACGCCGACCAAAGUAACCGUUCUUCAACAGCUAACGCAAUGGGUCAUGAGCCAGCCUGAGCGAUUGCGAGAGAAAAUGGAGGAAGCCGAUGGCAUUGAUCAAACCAGCUGGAGAAUAGAGCCGUAUGGAUGGGACGCCGAUGAUCGCACGUACUUCGUGCUGGACGAUAACCGAGUCUAUCGCCUAACCGACGCUCCAGAACCAUUUGUCCGAAAGCCGAAAAAACAAAAGACUUACGGCACCAGUCGGCGAUCUGGAAGACGUCGACACACUUCAAACAAAUCUAUAACAGAAGAUUGCGCCCCAGCUGAAUCCUUGGAUCUUGAAGGCUCGCAAGCCAGCAGUAAUCUCGGCGGCAUGAGCUGGGAAUGUGUGGCUAUCACACUGGACGAUCUUGAUGUACACUUGCUGCCAAUAUUGGAAAAGCAAGAAGAGUCCAGAAAGAGAAAAGAGGCACAACACCAGCGUGAGCUCUUGAGCCUUGCCAAAAUGGCUAAUGCGAAACGCUCUAGCCGCAUCGCUGGAAAAAUUGAACAACAUAAGGAAGAAGAGAAGGCGAGGGACCAGCGGGAGAAGGCCCAAAAGCAACUCGAGAGUAAACAACGUGAAAAACAAAAUCUGUUGAAAUUAGAGCGAGAGCGGGACUUCAGGAUGUUUUCGAGAGAGAAAAGACUGGAAGAAAGAGCUGCAAGACGCCGCUUGCACGAAGAGGAACUGGCUCAGCUUUCGGAGGGCCACAACUCUGCUCCCGAUGGGCGGGUUCGGGUUUCAGACCGGCAGCUGCAAUCUGAAAUCGAUCGCAAUAAAUUGGCGCUUAAGGCAUUGGAGGAAGAGGAGGAAGAUUGGACUUUCGAUUGCGUGUGCGGCUUGUACGGUCAAGUCGAUGAUGGUGCCCACAGCGUUGCUUGCGAAAGAUGUAGUGUCUGGCAGCACAGCAGUUGCGUUGGAAUUGAGGAAUCUGAAGCCGACCGUCCAGAUUUUCACUUCAUUUGCGGAAGCUGCAGGCACCACGGCGAGAACACGAGCACUCCUCGUAAGACCAUUAUCAAGUUGAAAGUCAAGAGCUCUACCGAAUUGAUGGGUCAUCAUCGAUCUGAUAACGAAACGUCGCAGGCCAAUUCGCAGCCGAUGAUGGAAUCCGCAGAUCUGGACACUUCGACGAUCACGUCCGAAUUCUUCAACGAUCCGGCUGACAGUCAGUUGGGGAUAUUACAGCCUCACACAGACUUGAAAUCCAGCCCUAGGACUGAUACCAGGUCGAUUUCCAACAGCGACAGUACAGGAAGAAUAAUUCCUGAAACAAAGCCUGCAUCGGCCAUUGCAAAGAGCGAAGGACCAAAGGAACCGGUCGUAGACACCCAACCAACAUUGAGUUCAGAACGAGGCGUGAACAAUGCUGCUCUUGUGGCCGCUGCACCUGCUUCGCAACAUGCCACGAAGUCCACACCGCAGGCAGCUCCGACAAUCAGCAGAGUUUUCAGCUCACUGAGCCGGGUCAGUUCUGCCGGAUCUACCACUUUAUCAUCACAUACGGCUCAUUCGAUGGCACUCAAACAAGUUGACAUAAAUGGGUUACAGAAAAUGCACUCGACCAGGCCUUCUUCGGAUCAAGCUCCCAAUGUGUCGACGAAUGACGCGCCGACAGAGAACUAA